AUGUAUUCGAACACUCUUGGGCAGCAAAGAAAUGAAUUAGCGCGGCAGCGAUUACAAAGUUUCCGAGGAUCCGCGGUCAUACCGUUUCGCAACCUGUCUCUUGGAGAUGACCAUCGUAACAAGGCGAAUAUAUCUCGCCUUACCAAGAUUUUUGAACUGGAAGGCUGUGCAAACCUGGAUCCUGAAAAUCGUAUCGCUGCAGUCAUACCCUCCGAUAUCCUGAAUGAGGUACUACAGAAGCAAAAUAUUUCCAAUUCCUCUCUUAUGGAUCCAGGGCAGUUUCCAUGUUUGGACCUUGGUGACAAAACAAUCGACAUUAUCUAUGGACGGCAUCGAUUGAUUGCAGGCUUUGAGUUUGGACUGCACGAGUGGCUAGUCGACCUAUAUCUGGACACUCUUCCCCAUGAUUCGCGAAUUGGAUUGCAAGAAGGAUUUCCUAAUAGUCUGGAGUAUACCGAUGGGGAGGUCUACCGCAAUAUACGUUUGAACCAGCUUCAGAAUAAUACACUGCAAGAGCAAAAAUGGUGGUCAAGGCUUCGCUCUGAUGGCCGUCGAACAAACUUCCGUCGUCUUCAGAAGCACAAAGACUUCUUGAGGGGGUUUGAUUUGCUUUUACCAUUCGUUGGAUUUUGGCGGCCUCUGAGAUCCUCUCAUAUUGAGCGAAUGCUAGCAUUUCGAUAUCCUCAGAUGAUAUAUCAGUACGUCUGGUCUAUCCACGUAAGAUGGAGUGCUGUGUUUUCGUCUGAUAAUCAGUAUCUUCUCGAUGCCGAUUCAAUCGGUUUACUGGAAGGGCUUUGCCCUCAUAUAUCCCUCAAAGACCGCGAACAUAUCUUAGAGCUCAUAAACUCUAAGACAGUAUUUCCAAUGGCUCUAUAUGAGCGGGAAAACCUUGCCCAAUGCCUCGUCAAUUUCCCUGGAAGAUUGAUAUCCAUCCACACCCUGGUUCAGGAUACCUUGUUUAUGAAUGGACCUGUUAAGGGCCUACAUCAACUUUGUGACAUAGAAACCAAGGGAGAUUUCCUUACUAUGAUGAGACGUUCCUGGACCUCUUUUGGAGAUCAGACUAUCGAGAUUCAGAUAUCUGAGCAUCAAUCAGUGAAAAGGGAAAAGUCGAGGACUCCAUUUGAGGUUUCGAUCCUGCAGCUUUGGCUCUUCGCACUCCGACAUUUUGUUGACAACAUACCCAAACCAGACCGAACAGACAAAAGAUCAUUCUCCGUAUGGACCAAGGCACUAAAUCUCUGGAAUCUUUCCAAGCUUGCGAAGAGUGCUGGGUUUCAAUCAACUAAGAUCACCGAACUUGCAAAUCAAAAAAGAAAAUUCAUCAAGGAGAUUCCCAGAGACCUAUUUCACACACUUUACGAUGACCAGACAGAGAAGAUGAGAGGCACAAAGCUACCAGAAGAUUUUGUGCCUCCGGUGUUGGAAUAUUAUCUCAAGAAACGGGCCCCGCGAGAUACUGAAGCGCAGAGUGCAAGCUUUACGACCGAUGACCCCAGCCAGAACGCAGAGAGGAGAUACAACACCCCAUCUUCUGAUCAGUAUUCUACACUACGUAGACACUUAUUUCUGUGGUCGAUAUUCGGGGAAGAUGUGUCUUUGAAAGAUUACCCAACCCCAUUGGGUGUUACACGCGAUAUCUUAAUCUGUUUUUUCGGUGAUAUUCAAAGACUGGUAGGUAAUCUACCAGACACUUCUCGACAACAAAACGUGGAAACUCCUGUAGUCAACAUUGACGGGCAUGAUACCGAGUACGUUUCUCCCACUCGGCAAGAUAGUGCCGACAUACAGCCAGACGCUCUUGAACAGGUGAAUAAGAGCCCAGAUAAUCAACAAACUGCCGGCGACGUUUCAAUCCUCGAACCUGAUUCAGGAAGCAUAUCUCAAGCUCAUAUCUUAGAGCACCCAGAAGCUGGCGCACCAGCUUCAGACAAGCAUCUGGUUCCACUUGCAGCUGGAUUCGAGGGUCCUGACCACAGUGGCCAAGUGAAUAAGCGAAACGGAAUAGCGCAUAGAAAAAAGGCAGAAACCAUUCUGAAGGACUGGUUUGAAUCUGAGAACACCCAAUUGGUGGUGUUCUUUCUCUUCGAGUCCCGAGAAUACUACAAAUUCCUCAAGGAGGAUGUGAAUGUGAUUCGAUCUGAAAUAAGGUUUCUAUCCCAGGAGCAUCGGUUUCUUUCGAUUCACGAAGACUACGGGCUUCAAAGUCCAGAUUUUGAUAAGACUUUGGAUGAAGCUUUACGGCAACAUCUCAUUCUAGUGGAAAGAAAGGACAAGGCUGGUAAUCCAAAUAUCUCAGAAGAUACGAUGUCUGUUGAUCAGUUAAGAGAAUAUAUGAAAGUAUGGGAUGUGAAAAGCGGGAAAAGGAAGGCUGGCGAUGAUCAAAAAAAACCAAAUAAGCGACUAUUAUUGUGA